UAAAUCACAAAUAGUUCAAAUCAAAUAAAAGAUCUAUAAAGAUGGACAAGAAAAAGCUUUCAAUAAAUAAAAAGAGUAUAUUGCGACCAGCGGAAGAAGUGAAAUUUAAUUACCUUUUUGAAAUAAUCGUAACCAAUUUCGAAACACCCAAUUACAAUACUCAGGAUAAAAAUAAAAUAAAUAUCAGUGUACAGUUUAAUCGGAAGAUCAUCGAAAUUUCAGGAAAUCGCAUUAAUGUUAGCGAAUUUACCCACGGUAUGGGUACGGAAUUUAAAGUGAAUCCAGAUAAACUUCGUCAGAAUCUUGAGGAAUGCGGAAUGCCUAUUUCAGUUAAAUACAAUGGUCGAUUAAUCGGCAAUGGGCAACUGUUAUUUCCCGAGAGCUUUACAGAGAAUAUAACGGAAGAUAUGCCAGAAUUAAUACACGAAGAUAGUUGCAAGUUCGAGAAGAAUGGUGAAGUUAUAGGUACAAUUGAUUUUCUGUUUCGUUUAAUUAUAAAAUGUGAAGAUAAGCCAAAGACGGGUCAGACCGAUUGUCGGCUUAAUAUCGGCAGUUGCAUUACUCCUCAGGAUAUAUUGUUUCUCAUAAGUGAGUCUCAGCGAUGUCCACAGCCCUGUGAUCCUUGCAUAGAUUCCUGGGAGCCAGAGGGAGGAGAUGAGCGUCUUAAUUUGGAUCUGCAACGUUAUCCCAGUUUCAAUACCAAGACACUGAGUCCUGCGGCAAACCUAAAACAUCAUCCGGCCUGUGAUGCCAUCACCCACGAACUAAAGCAAAUGGCCAAGGAAUGUGAGGAGACUAUGGAUGUCAUACUCAGGAGCACGGGUCGUCAAAAACCACCCUGUCGAGCUGCGGAUGCGCUGAGAGGUCCUUGUGAUAGACCCUGCCAAUCUCAGGAGGAUAAGCCUCAGCUCGGCGUAGCCAGGGCUCCAAGCUUGCCAGCAAACCUCGGACAGGACAAAAAGAUGAAGGUGUCGGCUAGUGAUAAAAGUAAACCGGAUAUAAAGCCGACCAGGUUCUGUCCCCUUUGUCUGGCCAACAUGUCCUGGCUGCCCAAAUUCGCAGCCUGUCCCAAAUGCGGCUUAAAGCCAUUGCCAGUCGCCGAGGAAAUCAAACAACAAAACCGGGUAAAGGCGGAACAAAUAAUAUUAGAAUAUCUGGGAAAACCUAAGCCGACAGUUGAGGAUUAUUGUGAAUUCCCCUGUGAUAAGGUAGUUGAGAAAAAAGAGAGCGAAGAUAAAGGACAAGUUUCCGAAUGCCGAUGCAGCUGCAAGUAUGGAAAGAUUUGUGCAUCCUGUCGAGUAAGAAAGCAAUGUGCCGAGUACAUUGAUAAGGAGCAGAUGAGGAGGCCUGAAGCCCACCAUGAAGUAUCCGAGUCCUCUGAGGAUUAUUGUAUAGUUGAUGAAAAGCCUCAGGAGUCGCGUCCAUUUCUGUCACGCGUUUUCUCCGAGUUACGCGAUAUGUAUGACAUUAAGGACACUGUGCGACCCGGGGAAUUUGAGAAGAAUUGCGAGCCUCUCAAGAAGAAGCUGCCCAAAAUUAAAGAGCAGAAGAAAGACGCGACGGUUGAAAAGGUUAAUACAGCAGAGAAAAGAAUUAGGAUUGAAGACAAGUCUAAAAAGUCGAAAAGAUUAAUCAGUCCCUUGCAUAUAAAGUGUACAAGGAAGCAACGAGGAGUAUCCCGGCGACAUGGUUGGGCCUGGAGCUCUACAAGGGAAGCACGGGUAUAUGGCUGGAGACCCGGUGCCAUUCUGAAGCCCAUGAAAAAGGUGAUGCAACACUUUCUAGAGUACUCGCCAGAGACAACUCCCUUGGGUAUAUGUAACAAAUUGCUGGAGAAAGAGGAGGAGAAAGAAAGACAGCUGCCCAUUCUCAAUAUGUGUAAAAAGAAUGGCGAAAUCUUUAUAACAUUGCGAGCUGUCAACACGGAUAAUGUGAGAAUGAAGCCCAUUGUCUUUAAAAUUGUGAAAAGUGAUCUCGCUGUGAUCAUGAGCCAGAUCAAGAGCAAGUUGAAGGAGAAGGGCUUUCGGAAGUGUAUCUGUCAUCAGACCCUCAUGAUGUGCAUCUGUCGAGAUCCUGAAGAGAAGAAGCAACUUGAAAAUGCCCUGCAGAAGGAGUGUAAACGUCAUGGCAUGGAGAGUUGUGUGGAUCAAUUGAUCCUCACAGAUACGAGUGAGAGCGACAUGGAAUAUGACUUUGAUGUCACCCCAGAGGCGGGUGUAGCAAAGCCUCAAGUACCACUUCAAAGACCCCAAAUGAAUCACUUUACACAGACACAGCUGGGAAGAAAGCAUCUGAGUGUGGAGCCCAGGUAUCCAGUGAAACAGGAUUACUUUUAUCGCAGCUAUGAUUGUGCUGCUGGAGAUCGUUACACGGGUACGGCAUUCGGAAGACCCGCUGAGGUAGUGCUCGAGGACGGUCUCUUUGGCUAUAGGCAUGGUGGACCACACGGUGAAUUUACAUAUCCUGGCGGCAGACUCAAAUCGAAGGUUAUUUGGGGCACUCAACCCGGAGGACCAAUGCACGGUGGAGGACGCUUCGGUCAGGAAAGCACGCCUGGUGGCAAAUCCUUCCCAGGUGCCAACAAGAAACGUAAAAAUGUUGAAUCUAAGCCCAUUCCCGUAAGAAUGCCCAAGAGAUUCUAUAUAGCUGCGGAGAAAGCUGCCCAGGCUGCCAAGGCAGCUGCAGAACAUGCCAAAAAGAAGAAACCCACCGACAUGAUGCAGUAUAUGAUGAAAAAGGGCGCCGUUUCAGUUCCAUGGAACCCCAAAGCAAAUGCUGAAAUGAGUUGCAACUUUGUGUUUGACAUUGUUGUCACUCGGUAUGUAAUACCCAACAUAAAGUUAAGGGAUCCGAAAAAACUAACGAUUGAGGCGAUUCUGAAUGAUAAAUCAGUAUUAAUUACAUCGAGUCGUCACAAUGUCACGGAAUUCAAACAUGAUUCUCGCCUGGAGUUCAGCGAAAAGCCAAAGAAACUUCGCGAAAAACUUGCGAAAGUUGGCAUGACAGUUGUAGUGCAAUAUGGCCCAAAAUCGGUUUUGGGACAAGGUAUUUUGCAAUUUCCCCAAACAAUGAUCGAUCGCAUUGAAGAGGGCAUGACAGAUCUGCUGCACUCGGAUUCCUGCACAAUCCAGAAAGAUGACAAAAAUAUUGGCACUAUUGAGUUUCUCUGUCGUCUGGUUGUCAAAUGCGAUGAUCCCUCAGUUCAAGAGAAUAAGAUAUGUCAGUUGAAUGUGGACAAAAGCAUUAAUCCCCAAGACAUCAUGUUUAUUAUGGGCGAAACACAACCGUGUCCCAAUCCCUGUGAACUUUGUCCCGAUGUCUUGGAUCCAGAAGAUGGCGACGAGCGUCUACAAUUGGAUUUGCAGCGCUAUCAGAGCAUGAAUACCAACUGGAGUCCAGAAGGAACUCUGAUGCCCAAUUCUACCGCCAAUUCCGCUUGCUUGGAACUAAAGAAAAUGGCAAGAGACUGUAGCCAGAUUGUGGAUUCGAUCACCCAAAGUGCUGGGCAGUCGCAACCCUUAAGGUCCUAUGACGAUCCACCCGAAAAUCCUUAUAUCCGUGCCAGUGCAAGUCCUACAGGCCGUGCAGCUGAAGAUACACUUAGUACACCAAAUUAUACCUGCUUUACGUUCGUGCCGCCACAACCGAAGGAGGACAAUCUUGUCUGUCAUCCACCUAUGAUUCCAGUUCCGAUAAGUGACAUAAACAAACCGGAUAUUAAGCCGUCUAGGUUCUGUCCCGUUUGCUUGACCAACAUGUCCUGGCUGCCUAAAUUUGCCGCCUGUCCCAAGUGCGGAAUUAAACCGACGCCGAUGCUCGAGGAACGUCACAAGGAAAAGAAACUGACAGCGGAGCAAAUACUCGUAGACUAUCUGGGUAAGCCGCCGGGUGAUAUUGAAGAAUUCUGUCAGUCACCCUGUGACAAGAAAAAGGAAGAAGAGGAGAAGAAAGAAAGGCAAACCGAAUGCCGUUGCACUUGCAAUUUGGGGAAACUUUGUGCUCAUUGUCGCAUCCGAAAACUUUGUGCGGACAUUUUCCAGGCCGACGAAAAUACUUUUUGUCCCACUGUGAAGCAGAAAUCUAACGAGGACUUUUGCACAAUAGUAGAAAGCAAUCAAGAGUGUCGUCCAUAUUUGUCACGCGUCUUCUCCGAGCUACGCGACAUGUACAAUAUCAAAGAAAACAAACUUGUAGCCGCUCACGAUAGAAUAUGCGGAAAAUCAACAUCACAAACAUCAAAAACUAAUCAAAAGGAAGAUACAAAAAAGGGGGCACAAUCCAAAGUUGAGCAGCAAUCAAAGACAAAGCCACCAGCACCCAUAGUGGAGAAGAAACCAAGACUUGGCCACAAACAUUGUGUGAAUGAGAGAAAUGCCGUCUCUCGACAUCACGGCUGGGACUGGAAAUCCAGCGAAGAAUUCAGAAAAUAUGGCUGGCGACCUGGCUACAUAUUAAAGCCCAUCAAGAAACUGAUGAGGUUCUUUCUCCAAUAUCUGCCCGAAGAUAAUGCUUUCAAUGUGUGCCGCAGAGCGGCACAAGAAGAACAGCAAAAAAGAGACAAUCUCCAACCGAUUCUCAAUGUAUGCAAGAAGAAUGGAGUAAUCUUUGUGACUCUGCGAUCGGUCAAGGCUCCCAAUAUGGAAAUGCAACCAAUUACAUUCAAGAUUGUGAAAAGCGCUCAAGCGGUGGCUCUCAGGGAGAUCAAGAGAAGGCUCAAGGAGAAGGGCUUUUCCAAGUGCACCUGCCACAGGUCGCUGAUGAUGUGCAUCUGCCGCAACUACAUGGAGAAGAGGCAACUGGGACAGGCCCUGCAGAAGGAGUGUCAUCGUCGGGGAAUGGAGAACUGUGUGAAUCAAUUGGUGCUCACAGACACGAGUGACAGUGAGAUGGAGUUUGACUUUGACGUGACGCCGCCAGCUGGUACAGUGAACCCUCCGAAGCUGAUAAAGCGACGACAGAUGAGUCACGGCACGCAGACUUCGAGGAUGGAUAAAAAAGUGCCGACAAGAUUUCCAAGAGCACGAACUAGUCCCUAUUGGCGUACUUACGAUUGUGCCGCUGGAGAUCGUUACAGGAGCACGGCAUUCGGUGCUCCGGGAGAGGCUGUCUUCGAGGAUGGCGUCUUCGGCUUUCGAGGCGGCGGUGCUCAUGGAGAAGCCGCCUUAGUGGGCGGCAGACCGAAGAGUCAACAUAUCUGGAGUGCAGCUCCUGGAGUGCCUGUUAUUAACGGCGGACGUGAUGGAAGUGGAGGACCAGGAGGAAGUGGAGGACGUGCACCAGGUGGACCGGGUGGUCCUCUCGCCAAGUUCUUUUCGGGUGCUAAAGACAGCAAUAGCAAAAAAACAGCAGCUCGUCCGAUUCCCGUUAAAAUGCCAGAACGCUUUCACAAAGCUUACAAAGAAGCUAAAAAAGCUAAGGCGGAAGCUUUGCAUCAGGAGGAACUGAAGCGAAAGCAAGGCAUUGAUAUGAUGAAGUACCUAAAGCAACAAGCUAAGGAAAAGGGUGGAUUGUGGACAACGGGGGGACCAGUCAUUGGACCAGAUGGACUCACCGAUGAUCAACGUCGGCGUCGAGCUCUUCGUGAAGUUUCAGCACCUUCAAUUGACGACGUGCCACGAAGGGGCAAGGGCUACGAUCCUUGUGCUGCACAAUGCUACAAUCCAUGUGCAGAAUGGUACAACCCUUUUGGUUACACCUGCUAAUUUCUGGAGUCAUUAUUUAUAUGAGAAGUUGGAAAGUAAAUGUGGGAAGCACUUCUAAAUCCAGGAUAUGAAUUCAUUAGUGAAAAGGAAGCAGGGAAUUCAUCAGUGAAAAGCACCGACAGAAAUCGAAUUCGAAACUAAACAGAAAAACUCAAAUCUUUUAACGGAAAACUAAGCAAUUGACUUCUCCGCAAUACUUAUGGAAUGUUUUGUCUAUCUAUUCAAAAAUCUAGACUUCGACUAUAGCAUUAAUUUAAAAUUCAUAAUUGCAAUCGCGGAAGUUGUCAAUUAUCAAUAGUAAAUUAUCACUGUCAGUCGAGAACUCAAAAGUAUCUUUUUAAAAAUUGUUCGUACAAUAAAAUCUGAAAUGAA